AUGACACUGCCACAGCUACAAUAUCGAUACAACCAACCAUUUUACAAAUUAUCGACCGCUUUAACUUCUGCUAAACGCUCUGGAACGGCUUUUGCGGCGCCAACAUGUCUUCCGCGUCCCCCACUCCUUGCAGGGGACGUUAGCCGCCUGAACCCCGUGAAAUCCUACCUGGACACACAAGGGUUGGUGGCAUCCUCGGUGCGCGCUCUAACGGCGCCACUUCGUUCUCCGGGUUUCGCUACCCGCGACAUGGAGGAGGAUAUCGACGACUGGCAGGACCUAUCUGUCGAAGACGGUGACGCAAUGAGGUGGAUUCAGUGGUUCGCCUCCCUGGAGGGUCACGAAUUUUUACUCGAGGUGGAUGAGGCGUACAUUCGCGACCAGUUCAACCUGUGCGGUUUGAAGUCCAUGAAGAACUACGACAGUGCGAUGGACAUGAUCCUGGGAUUCGCUCCCUCUGAGGAGGUCUUCAUGGACACGUCCUUUUUGGACCUGUACAGGAGCGCGACGGAUCUCUACGGGAUGAUCCAUGCGCGCUUCAUCACGUCGCCCAUGGGCCUUCAGAUGAUGAAGGAGAAGUACCAGCAGGGCGUGUUUGGGCACUGCCCACGUGUAAGGUGCCAGCGGCAGAACGUGCUGCCCGUCGGCUUCAGCGACACGCUGCACAACCACCGCAUCAAGAAGUACUGCCCCCGUUGCCAGGAGGCGUACAUUUUCAAAUACGGCGAGGCACACGCCGACAUCGAUGGCGCCUUCAUCGGGCGGUCCUUCCCGCAUAUAUUCUUGCUCACGUUCCCGAGUCUCAUACCGGAGGAUCCACCAAUGCCUUACACUCCGCGCAUAUUCGGCUUCAAGGUGCACAACAUCAACUCAUUGAUCCAGAUAAAGCUCGAGAACGGCGAGUUCGGCCGUCUGCCGCUGGCCAAUGGCAAAUCGCACGAUGUGAACAACAUGGAGGACGAAAGUGAAACCUAG